AUGAAUUUGAAUAAUCGAAGAUCUCUAGCUCGUUCUCGUGCUCGGGCUCGGUUUCAGGCUAAAUGGGUUGAAGGUACCGCCACCGCCGGAGAUAUCGCCGGAGCUGUUGCCGUAGCCAUAGAGUCUGGUUAUUGGUGGAAUCUAAUUCCAUCUGGUGGUCGUCAAAGAAAUGUCGACACAAUGACGGAAAUCUUAACCAGGCAUACUCCUGUCUUUGAGCAAGAAGAAGUAUUGCGGCUUCAGAAAAUUGCACUGCAGUUCGAGGAAGAGAUCUAUAAUAUUGCGACAAGUAAUGAAGAUUAUAUGCGGAAAAUAUCUUUAAAGACGCGGACCUUGGAGGCGAAUUCUCAAUAUCUGAUCAAUUAUUUCGAUCCCUAUGUUGCAAAUGAUGGUCAGAACGCCCAUGGCCCUGCAGCUACUUCCUACAAAACUACUUCUGGGCCGGAGGAGAGUGACGAGGAGCAAACAGUUGAAGUACACGAUGGGGACGUGCCAAAGGAGGAUGUUGUAGAGGAGGUGGUGGUUACAGAGGAGCAAAACUAUGUUAUUAGACGCAAAGAGAAUGAGAUCUCUUGUGGAUUGAGUUCUGGUGCUAAACUUGGUGAACGUCUAGCACAAGUUGAGGAACGAUUAGAGAAUGGAAGCUCAAUCAGAAAAGGCGGAGACAUUGUUGGUUGAUAUUAACGAAAAAAUGAACUAUUUAGUGAAGAUGCAGGAUGCUAAAGUUUCUAGGGACAUUAGACGUCCAGCUAAGUACAUGAGCUCCCCGUGGACUGGUAAUGGACGAUCAAAGAGGAAACGUAGAGUAGCUGAGAUGAUAAAGCAGUCGUGCAAGCAUUGACGAUUGGGAAG